AUGGACCUGGUGCCAGUCGCUGGCGUUACAGGCCAGACGCUGCAGGUGCACGCUUCGCCCACGGUUAUUCUUGAGAUUCUUGAACAAUUCUUUCUGAAGAAACCAGACCAGGAACGGGUGAUCGGCGCACUGCUCGGCGAAGUGAACGUGCUCGACGAUGAGCACUCCACAAGUGCAGGCACCGACGCAGCGGUGCGUCGGCAAAUCGAGGUCUGGGGGAGUUUUUACGUCCCACAUAGCGAGACGGACACGGAAAUCGCUUUAGAUAUCGAUUACUUUGGACAAAUGCGUGCACUGAGUUUACAGGAUGGGAGCACGGGCCCGACCGUCGACAUCAUCGGCUGGUACACGACCGGCGGGAUCGACAAGCCCACGUCGAUCAUCAUUCACGAGUUCUUUGCACGUCAGUGUAACCUUCCCGUUGACCAGGUCGUCUGCUUGCUGGUGCGUCCGGAUAUACGCGAGAGCAAUGCUUCCAAACGCGUGGUCCAUCCACCGCUGAUCCAAGCAUACUCAGGAUUUGCUUCCGUUCUUGGCCGUCAGAACAUGAGCACGGACUUGGAACCCGUGCCUCUGGAAGUAACCGCAUCAGACGCAGAGCAGUUGAUGCUGAAUGGUGUCGUUCAGGCGCUCGCAGCACAGAGCAAUGUGCAUUCGCGCUUCGGGCGGAUAACACGGGCGACGGCGCUCGGCGGGGCGACGCACGAGCUCGUCAACCUGACGCGUAGCCUGCGCAAACUGGUUGACGCCUUGGACACUGUCCUCGAGUACCUACGAGAUGUGGUAUCUGGUGAAAAAGCUGGCGAUCCCGCUGUGUUGGAGCUGUUGAACUUGGUAGAGGCUGAGCUGAAUGCCUGCGGCGACGAGGCGCUCAUGCACGCGCUGGAUACGAAUCUGAAAGACCAGCUCAUGACCCUGUACCUCAGUAGACUCACGAGUGCGAAUCUCGUUCUGGGCGAACGCCUGCUCACUCUGGAGAAAUAG